UCACAAUCAGACUGAUGGCCAGCAGCAGCACCAUCACAACACACUCCGUCAUCGCGUAAUCUUUGCGUGGUUCCUGCUCGUUCCGUGGGUCAUUACCUCCGCCGUCGUAACAGUGUGGUUCCAGGGUUCGUGAGGGGUUGGAUUUGCGUAACCUUUCGGUGUCCGCGAUGAGCUUCUGAGUGUGGCCACUUCCGGGAACUUUCGACCGAAAAAGUGUGGAGAAAAAAAGAGUUCAAGAGAAGGUUGAAAAAAAGUGCAAAAUUCAAGGUGAAAUAAAAAUAAUCGUGUCUGUCCAGCAGCAGCAGAAGAAGAGGCCACACGGCCGAAAAGUGGUGAGGGGGAAAGAAAAUAAGUAAAGUGGUUCCGGAGAGGGAGAAGGAGGAGGGAUUGAAGUGUUGACCACUUCCGUCGUGAAAAGGGGAAGACAGGAGCAAUCAUUGUCUCGUUAGUGGAACUUGCAGCAGCAGAGCCAGGAGCAGAUCCUCGUGUCGUCAAGAUGGCAGACCAGGAAUCGGACAUGGAAUACUCGUCGGAUAACGAUUACGAGUUUGAGGAUUACUACAAUUCAGGCCUAGAAGACUGCGACAUCGAACAGAUCGACCCGAAGCGGUCCGACCCCGAAUACUUUGUGUACGAAUGUCUAGACGUGGAGGAAGUCGAGAAGCUGCUCAACGAAUCGGUUGAAAAGCUCAGCAACGUGCUCCAAAUCACUCCCUCGCUGGCCAAAGUCCUGCUGCACGAAACCAAGUGGCGAACCGACGAAGUGGUCGAAAAGUACCGAAACAACGCCUCCAACCUGCUCGUCAGUGCCCGCAUCAAGGCAGCUCCGGCCGCAAUGGCCAUGGCAAUCGCUUCCACCUCGUCCGCCACCGCCGUCAGCAUUCCGCUGAUUCUUCCAACCGUCGCCGGUCAGCUCGUUCCCGGACCAAGUUCCAACCCUGCCGCAGCAGCAGCUUCAACUCGCAGUUCAUCCCCACCUCCGACCGCCUACCGGACGCACCUUUGUCCGGUGUGCGUCACCGUCCAGGCCGUCGACAAGUUCCACGCCCUCUCGUGUCAGCACUCGUUCUGCCGCGAUUGUUGGGCGAUGCACUUUGAGAUUCAAAUUAGCCAAGGAAUUUCCACGCAGAUCGGCUGUAUGGAGCAGCGCUGUGACGUCCGGGUGCCGGAAGAUCUGGUGCUGAACCUGCUGAACCGGCCGAUGCUCCGCGACAAGUACCAGCAGUUUGCCUUUGCCGACUACGUGAAAAGCCAUCCGGAGUUACGGUUUUGUCCGGGGCCAAAUUGUCAGAUUAUCAUCCGCAGCGCGGACAUCAGCCCGAAGAAGACGACGUGCAAGGUGUGCACGACGUCGUUCUGCUUCCGGUGCGGAAUGGACUACCACGCGCCCACCGAUUGCCAAAUCAUCCGCAAGUGGCUGACAAAGUGCGCCGACGACAGCGAAACGGCCAACUACAUCAGCGCCCACACCAAGGACUGUCCAAAGUGUCACAUCUGCAUCGAGAAGAAUGGGGGCUGCAACCACAUGCAGUGCUUCAACUGUAAGCACGACUUUUGCUGGAUGUGCCUGGGGGAUUGGAAGGCGCACGGUUCCGAGUACUACGAGUGCUCGCGGUACAAGGAAAAUCCGAACAUUGCGCACGAGUCGGUGCACGCGCAGGCCCGGGAAGCGCUGAAAAAGUACCUCCACUACUACGAACGCUGGGAGAACCACUCCAAGUCGCUGCAGCUGGAGCAGCAAACGCUGGACCGGAUGAAGGCGCGCAUCAACGAGAAGGUGAUGAAGGGCCUGGGCACGUGGAUCGACUGGCAGUAUCUGUUCGAUGCGGCCGCCUUGCUGGCCAAGUGUCGCUACACGCUGCAGUACACGUACCCGUUUGCGUACUUUAUGGAGGCUGGCUCGCGGAAGGACCUGUUCGAGUAUCAGCAGGCCCAACUGGAGGCGGAAAUCGAAAACCUCUCGUGGAAGGUGGAACGCGCCGAAACGACCGACCGGGGUGACCUCGAGAACCAGAUGGACGUGGCCGAGAAGCGACGGACCACGCUGCUAAAAGAUUUCUUCCCGACGGAGGCGUGAGCUGCAAGUGGUAACAAGAGAGAGAGAGAAAAAACGCAAUCUUCGAACAUUUAAAUUAGUGAACAAAAACGGAUAUUAAUUACUCACCACAACACACACGAUACCCACCUUGUGCUGUUUUAAACUUCCUUCCUUAAUUAAUUUGAUCCCCACCCCUUUAUCCCGUUAGUUUGGUAAGAUUGUUUUCUUUCCAACCGUUAGAAACCAUAGCAUACAGGUGCACUCGAUUUUGUCUUCAAAAAGCGAGACUUUCUGAAGCGGUCAACGAAUUGAUUUCGAAAUCAUGUUAUUUUAAAUUUAUAGAAUCAAACGAAAUAAAAUACGUAGAAUGUGUGAGAGUGAAAUUAGACAUCUCUCCUUCCCCCCCGUAGGCGAAUAAUAGAUAAUUCUUUUACUUUUAAAUCGACAACUCUUCUUAAUUCGUUAUUCCUACACGUGCACCAAAUGAUCUUCAGACGUUAAGAUAAUCUGUAAAAGUGGAAAAUUUUACUUAUACUAAAUACAACAACAAAAGAAACACAACCCGAAAUCCAGAGAGAUGCUGUAAAAUAAAAACAAUUAAAACUCAACCCGUAAAAUAGAAAAUAGAAAAAUGUAUGCGUGUUGACUAGGCGGCACCGCAAAGUCGAAAAAGUUUUAUUUCAUAAACGUGAGGCAUUCUUCACAACGCAAAAAAAAAGUUCGGGCAGUAGGAGCGCGCGCUAUUUAUUCAUUUUACUGUGAAAUAUGAUUGUGUAUAUUGAUAAUGAGGUGAUUUAAUCAGGAUUACAAGUUUAGAAUAAGGUGAAUAAAAACAUAAAUUAUAAAAAA